AGGCAGGGGAUUGGCACAAGGAGAUAGAAGCGGGGUGGGCAGGCUGGGCCGAAUGGCCGUGGUGAAUCUGAGAGUUGGUCCCAGGCCCUCGUGUUGACUGGUUGGGGUCAAGGUCUCUAUCUCCAUGAUAGCAGACACCAGGGAUCUUCCUCGAUUGGUUUAGGAUGACCAGGAUAUAUAUGGAUUCAGCUGUCGAUGGCUUGUCACACACUGUCACGUUAACAUUAACCCCCCCCACCACAAGGCACGGAGAGAGUCAGGAGGGAAACCAACUGGUGUUCAGGAAGCCUGCUCCUAAUCAACUCAACCACCUUCGGGAAUCUCGGAUUAUUUUGACACGCGUCGAACCCAAGACCCAGGAUCGGGGAGGGGUCCGUCUUUAAUGUAAACCCCACACCCUCGGCCCACUGCCCUGUGUCUGGAAGGAGGCUUUGAGGAGAUGGUUCGAUUCUGAGGGUGGGGGGCCAGUCUCAACUCGCAGACCAUUGGCUUUCCGGGCAUCUCUUGUAGGGGGAAGACGGCACAGAGAGUGGACCAGGCUCUGACUGGAGGAUGGGGCCUUGCCUGGGAACGAUCCCAUCCCUGCUCCCUCUGCUGUGGCUUUGCCUCUGCCUCUGCCUCUGGGCCUGGCCUUGCCUGGCCUUCAGCCCCAUGUCGAGCUGGGACUGCCCCCUGCCCUGCCAAUGCUGGCCUCCCCCUAACCAGACAGUGUCGUGUCGAGGCCUGGGCCUCCAUGCCUUCCCCAGGGACCUCCCAACCGACACCCGAGCGCUGGACCUGAGCGGCAACGCCAUCGCCUGGGUGGGCCAGGCCGAGCUGGACGGGCUGAAGGGCCUGGAGGAGCUGGACCUGAGCGGGAACCGACUGUGGACCCUUUACGAAGGGCCGGCCUUCCUCAGGCUGUCGGUCCUCUUGCUCGAUGCGAACCCUUUGGCCUGCGACUGCGAGCUGUGGUGGCUGGUGGUGGCGGCGGAGGGAGGAGGCCUGGAUUUAGGGAACCCCCAGUGCUCCAGCCCACCUCAGGCGCGAGGCCGGGCCUUGCUGGAGUACGCCCUCGAUGCUUUCCCUUCCCUGUGCGAGGCCCGGGCGCCAGGCCUACGCUUCAUGGCUUCGUCUUCUCCUCCUCCUCAUCCCCUUCCUCCUCACCCCCGCCCACCAUCCAUCCUGGACGAAGAGACCCUCCCAGUCGUCUUCACCAUGGGUUCGGCCUGCUUCCUGGGCAGCAUCGCUCUGUGCUUUGGCCUACUCCUACUCUGGAGCAGGCUGCGAGGCCCAGUGCAGCGCACGGUGGAGCUGGAGGGAGCGCUGCAUUCCAGCGGCACAGACGCACAGUCGGAAGCCAUCAAGUACACCACAAAAAUGAUGUGAGCCCCAGCUAGAGCGCCCCAGGAGCAGACCAGAGAUCCCUGGCCUCUGUAUUGCCCCAAAGCCUGGGACAAACAUUACCCAGAUAUUCACUUAGCAUCAGGAUUUGUUCUGUGUCUUACAAUACCUGGGAGAAAAGCCACCCGAAUGUUUAUUUAGAAUCACAGAGAUGUACAGCACGGAAACA